GCUUUUCUCUCCUCCUCCUCUCACCUUCACUUCCUAUUAAUUCAACUCUCUUUCAUCUCUUUCCAUUUCAUGACAUUUCCUCUCUCUUAACUUAUUUCUCACCAACCAAACAGCUAGAGAAUUUCGAAACAUAUAAUAUUAGUAACAGUUGCAUUAAUGCCGCCUGAAUCUUUAGUCCUCGAUGCCUCAGGUCUUCAGUUCAAAUCCAACAUACCUUCAGAGUUCGUGUGGCCCGACCAUGAAAAGCCCUGCCUCCACCCUCCUCAACUUGCUAUUCCUCCCAUUGACUUGGGAGGAUUUCUUUCCGGUGACCCUCACGUUGUCUCCACUGCUACGCAGCUCGUCAAUGAGGCAUGCAAGAAGCACGGCUUCUUUCUGGUAGUGAACCACGGCAUCGAUUCACAACUUAUAGCUAAAGCUCACGAGUAUAUGGACUUGUUCUUCGGCAUGCAGCUCUCCCAGAAGCAAAGGCUACAGAGGAAGAUUGGAGACCACUGUGGAUAUGCCAAUAGCUUCACCGGAAGGUUCUCCUCAAAGCUUCCAUGGAAGGAAACGCUCUCCUUUCGGUAUAGUGCAGACUGCAAAAACUCAAAUAUUGUCGAAGAUUAUUUCUUGAAUGCAAUGGGUGAAGAUUUUAAACACUUCGGGAGGGUUUAUCAAGAAUAUUGUGAAGCAAUGAGCAAAUUAUCACUAGGGAUCAUGGAGCUGCUAGGGCUCGGUCUAGGAGUUGAGAGAACUUAUUUCAGAGAUUUCUUCCAAGGAAAUGAUUCCAUAAUGAGACUAAAUUACUAUCCUCCAUGCCAAAAACCCAAUUUAACGCUGGGAACGGGGCCUCACUGUGACCCUAAUUCCUUGACAAUCCUUCAUCAGGAUCAAGUCCACGGCCUUCAGGUGUUCUUCGAGGAAAACUGGUACUCCAUUGAUCCCAAUCCAAACGCAUUUGUAAUCAACAUUGGCGAUACUUUCAUGGCUUUGUCAAAUGGCAUUUACAAGAGUUGCUUGCACAGGGCAGUGGUGAACAGUGAAACUGUGAGAAAAUCUCUUGCUUUCUUUCUAUGUCCAGGGAUGGACAAGGUGGUGAAGCCACCUUCUUCUUUAGUGAGCUCCAUGAAUCCGAGAACAUAUCCAGACUUCACAUGGCCAGUCCUGCUGGAAUUCACACAGAAACAUUAUCGAGCUGACAUGAACACCCUUAAUGCCUUCUCAAGCUGGCUCCAUCAGCAGCAUACGAUCAAUUGAAAAAGAGAGAAUGGGGAAAGGGCAGCAGAAACGCCAAAAAGAGAGGGCAGGUGUAUAAGUUGCUUUCAGUGGGUUUAGUGCUGGACAGAAUAUAUGGAAUAAUAUGUGAGGAUGUUAAUUUUAAUAGGAAUAAAAAGCUAAUAUGUCCAUAACCUAGUGUUUUUAAUUUCUCCCAAAGUCCCAAAGUCCUAAUUAUGUAAGACUAGAUUGGUGUACUUUAUUUGUUUGGACCACCAUACCGUACCAACCAUGUACAGCUCAAUGCACAUCUAAAAUAUCU